UUUUGCCUUCCGCACGCGUCGCCCAUGGCAACGGUUGCUCUAGACAGAAACCAUAGUACUGUCUUGGAACAUUUUUUUAGGCUUCUCAUGCUCUGUCAUGAUAGCACCAACAUUGGACAUUUACUAUAUGCUUUGGCAAAGUGUCAGAAAUUGUUUGUAUGAGAUAUGUGACACUGUUUACAGAAGUGUCUGUGUUAUCCAGUUAAUUGAUCAAAAUGAAGGCUUCACUGGUGGCUAAGAAUGUAAAAUUUGAAGUAUGCCUAGUAGAGGGGAAAGCAUUUUAAGAAUUCAUCUGCACUAAUCAUCAUUUUAUCAAUGUGGCUGCACAACCAUGUUGCUUCACGAGGUACUAGCAGGCUGAAGUGAACUCGUGACUUAUGUCUAAUGUAUUAUGAUCUUGCAGAUGUCACAUGUUUUUUCUAGUCCCUGAGAGUAAUUAACAUUCAAUUAGUCAAUCAUGGAAGAACAGCAGGUCAAGCCAUCCGAUCUUCUGCCUACUACUUUGGACAACCAGGAUUCAGCUGCAACCCCUCCUGUUACCACUGCUGAUCUUGUUCCUCUGGCUGCUUCAAUUGAUUCUUCCAGUCAGGUUGCCAGUGCAGAUCCUGCUGCUAUUUCUGCGCCAACUGCUGCUCCAGCAAAAGAUGCUGCAGGACGCGAGGCGCCAGCAUCCAUGUUUUCUACAUCUGGUUUGUCCUCCUGGGCUAAGAACCUGAAAAUUCCUCAGCCUUCACCAGGUCAAGAAUCGCCAACAGGAAAGAAUACCUUCUCUCGUUUUACGAGUGGCCUUGGAUUGCGUUUGUCUCCAAAAGCUGCACAGCAAGAUGAGAGUGCUGAAGGAAGCACCUCGCCAACAACAGCACAGUCUGGUGUUUUUGGUUCUUUGACAAAAGGCAUUGUGGAUUCCUCUAAAAAUGCUGUAAAGGCAGUGCAAGUCAAAGCUCGACACAUGGUCUCACAGAAUAAAAGAAGAUAUCAGGAAGGGGGAUUUGAUUUAGAUAUGACAUAUAUUACAGAGAACAUAAUUGCUAUGGGUUUUCCUGCUGGUGAUUUGAGCUCAGGGCUUUUCGGAUAUUUUGAGGGUUUGUACCGCAAUCACAUGGAGGAAGUCAUCAGGUUCUUUGAAAUGCACCAUAAGGGGAAGUAUAAGGUGUACAACCUUUGUUCUGAGAGGCUAUAUGAUGCAUCUCUUUUUGAAGGAAAGGUGGCGUGCUUCCCAUUCGAUGAUCAUAACUGUCCUCCAAUACAACUUGUCAUAUCAUUUUGCCGUAGUGCCUACUCAUGGUUGAAGGAGGAUAUAGAAAAUGUCGUGGUUGUCCAUUGCAAAGCUGGGAAGGCAAGAACAGGAUUGAUGAUCUCAAGCCUUCUACUGUUCCUAAAGUUCUUUCCUACUGCCGAGGAGUCCAUUGAAUACUAUAAUCAGAAAAGAUGCGUAGAUGGAAAAGGGCUUAUUCUCCCAAGUCAGAUUAGAUAUGCGAAGUAUUUCGAGCGCAUCUUAACCUACUUCAAUGGUGAAAAUCAGCCACCCCGCAGGUGUAUGCUUAGGGGAUUUCGUCUUCAUAGAUGCCCAUAUUGGAUUAGGCCAUCAAUUACAGUCACUAAUCACAAUGGUGUUCUUUUUUCUACGAAAAAGCAUCCAAGAACAAAAGAACUUAUGCCAGAAGAUUUCUGGUUUAGUUCACCAAAGAAGGGGAUUAUGGUUUUUGCAUUGCCUGGUGAACCUGGCUUAGCAGAGGUAGCUGGUGAUUUCAAGAUCACUUUCCAUGACCGACAGGGAGAUUUUUACUGCUGGCUAAAUACAACAAUGAUGGAGAAUAGGGUGACUUUGAAUCCAACUGAUCUUGAUGAUUUUGACAAGAGGAAACUGCCAUCACCAGGGUUCCAUGUUGAGGUUGUUCUGGUAGAUUAUGAUGGCUCGCAACCACCAAAACCAAAACCAGCUGCUGGACAUGAUAACAAAUCUGGUGCCGAUUCUUCGUCUAGUACGGUUGCAAAAGAAAAUAAUCUUGCACCUGCAGAAUCCAACAAGGGAGCUGGAAGCCAUGAUAAAGAUGAAGUUUUCUCUGACAGUGAUGGGGGAGAUGGAUCAUCCAAGGGCAGGAGGGAGAAGGACGCCAGCCGUGCUCAAGGCAGUGCAAAUGCUGCUAAGCCCUCUGAAACAAGCGCUGUGCAAAAGGAGGCAUCAGCUGCUGCUAGCAGAAUCGAGAAAGUAGCUAUAACUAGCGAACAAGGAGCUGCAAAGGCACCUGAUGCUACAGCUCUCAAAACUGAAGUUAGCAGCAAGAGCAGCUCCACCACAGCACCACCCCCAGCUGUAGAAUCUUCCAGCAUGAGCGAAUUUAAGGCGAUUGCUGCGGAUGCCUCGGUGUUCUCAUUUGGAGAUGAAGAUGACUACGAAAGUGAAUAGCCACUUUUUAUGGGUGACUGGUUCGCAUUGUACAGUUUGGUGCCUCUAGAACCAUCACAGAAUGUCAGUUCAAGCAACCGGGUAGAGAAGAUGCACAAAGUUCAUUCAUUCUUGCAUUUUUGUUUUCACUGUAGAAUUUUCAUCAAUCUGUGAUGUUGUACCCAGACGAACUUGUAACCAACCAGGACUGGAACUUUGUUGAUACCUCCUAUUUGUUUACAGAAAGACUUUGUAUAACUUUUACGAGGCAAAUACUGUUGUCAGAGUUAA